CUCAAAUCUCCGGAAGCCUUCAUCGAAGCUCAAAGCCAGUUGGUGGACAGAGAGGCUUACUUCAAUAUCCCAUUUCCUCCUGUAAUCGACGGCCACUUUCUGCCCUAUCGAACCACACAGAGGUUCAACAAUUUGGCACAUCUCAAACCAUCGGGUUCUGUGAUGUUGGGAAUGAAUUCUAAUGAAGCCAGCUACUUCCUACUCUACUCUCUUGUAUCGAAUGCCUCCUUCGAUACAAAUAGUGAAGCCCUUCCAGUAACCACUGAGGAAGAGUACUUCAAGGGUCUUUUGAAAGUUCUUGACCUUGAACAUCACAUGAGGCCAGACCUAAUGAAAUUCCUUGCACAAUAUACACAAUUUGAGUACAAGAACUACUCCGAAAUGAUUGAAGGCAACUUGUUUGUCUCGGAUCGACUUCAAAUGGUUGGCUGGUCAGGUCAAACUGAUUCGACAUGGACGCGCAUGCUAGAGGAGAUAAGCAGUGACAAAGGAUUCAAAUGCCCAUUGGUGGAAUUUGCACAAGCACUGGUGAAUUCCAAUCGAGGCUCGCAUAAUCGGCUAUCUCUUCGGAGUGCAACACCAAGAACAUACUUCUAUGAGUUCGCUCACAGAACUGAAAGUCUGCCAUGGCCCAAGUGGAUGAAAACAGUGCACGGCCAGGAAAUUGAGUAUAUUUUCGGUGCUCUCUUCUCACCACUUUUUAUGAACAAAUUCUACGGCUUCACUAAGCCCGAAAUGGACCUCGCCGAUAGAAUGAUGACCUACUGGGCGAAUUUCGCUAGAACUGGCGAACAGAAACGUUACAUGUGCAAAACCCUCUCAGCCAAUCAGAAAUCAGUAACCGUUGAAACUUCGCGUGGCAUCGGGAAUCCUAAUAUCAUGGCAGAUGGGAAAUCUAUUAGAGCAUCUCAGAAUAAUUCCCCUGAGACAGCAUCGGAGUCGAACUGCAAGUGGCCACAUAGCCUUCCAAUGACAUACUGGGAGGAGUUCACCGAGAAAACGGAGUCAUAUUUAAUUCUCGACACUGAUCGAAUAUUCGUAGCUAGGAAACCCAGAUCUAGGCAAUGCAAGUAUUGGAAUCGAUGGUAUCCUGUACUGACGCAACAAGCUGAAAAUAUAUCUGGAAGUUGCCCAAGAAAGAAGUGA